UUUCCUUUGAAAAAAUGUUUAAACCGAAAAUACGAUCCUUUUUUGUUGCUGCUUUUGCAAAUGUAAACAAACAAUUAAUUCCCUUUCACCUACGCGUGUAGGGGGCGCUCAACGAAAGAUUAGAGACGACAUUUUGCUUGUUGACAAUUCCUUGAGGAUCAUUAGCAAACUAAGUGUUUGUGGCGCUCAACGAAUGGUAACAGACGACCAACAAUUAACUCCCUUCUACAUACGCGUGUAGGUGGCGCUCAACGAAUGGUAACAGACGACUGCCUUGUUUACAAGCAUUUGGGGAUUAUUACACAAAAUAAGUAUUUACGAGUUCUUCAUAACUUUCAACAGAAUAAUGUCAACGAUAAAGGAACAAAUAUCAAAGAAAGGUCAUACAGACUGGGUAAGAUGUACUUUAGGGUUAAGCAAAACAACAUGGGCACUAUACGAUUACGUGUUGAAUAAAUUUAAAAAUUAUACCCACGGGAAAGGUAAGUUACAACGUUCUCAGAAUUUCUUAACGCCUGCUGAAGAACAACAUAUUCGUCCUAGUGCAGGCUGUAUUCGAAUUAGCUUUGACACGAAAGUUAAAUACCAACGUAAACAAUCUAGAUGGGAAUGGAGAGAUAAGUGUCAAAUCUGUAGAGGAGCAUUUGAAAAGAUAAUUGCCCUACACACUGGAGUGUAUAACCAAACAUCUCACAGUGAAAAAGAUAUAUAUUGGUCGACAAACUGCACAGAUACCAGAGGUGUUGACCUUGAAUGGGCUAUUGCAAAGAUGUUUAUGCCUAAAGGGAAUGAAAAUAACACAGGACCAGAGGACACCGACCCUGCCGCCAUGCUAACUAUUCUGCUGAAUUGCAACUUAUUCAUGAACCCAAUACGAAAGAACCCAAAAUCCAGAUUGAGGGAAGCAAGAAAUAAAUUAUACCACUCAGGGGACAAUCGUGUUGACGAGGCUGACAAAAAUAAUUGUUUUGAUGACAUGUGUCAAAUUCUAACCGAUGCUUCUAAUGACAAGGAAGUUGAGGAGGACAUCAGAGAUACGAUUAUAGAAGAUAUUAAAGAAAUUAAAAAGUUGAAUGAGGCUGAAAUCUCUAUGAAAAUGUUUGACGAUGCAUUGAAGGAGAAGAAAAAAGGCCUCUUUGAUGACUUUGAAAAAUGUCUACGCAACUUUGAAAACGAUAAAGACUUCGACGGAAUUCGAAGAUUACUAGAGCUUUUGGAAAAGAACGCUGCUUAUAUUAAUGAAAUAGAGUUUUACAAAAAAGAAAUUGAUGACGGACUUUGUGUGGCGGUAAAAGACAUGAGUACUUCAUUUCAAAACAUGGAAGGAGAAAUAGAAUCAAAAUUUUCAAGUAUACCAGAAAAGCUGCUAGAGUUAGAUCAUAAGGUUGCACAACUAAAUGAAGACGCUGAAAGGGUAAGGGUGACACUUACCGAGUAUUCGAAUGCCAAAACAAAAUUGAUAAAUAACAUGAGAAAGAGCUUAGGAUGUUUGACCAAUGAUCUUGAUAGUCUACAUGAUCGUCUGCCACACGUUCCAGAAAAGACCUCGCUGUUCGGUUUGAUCGUCGCAAUGGCAUUAUUCCUUGCUUUAAUUGCUGUAAGUCAUAUGUAGAGCCCUACAACUUAGUUAUAUGUAGAACCCUAUAUAUGACUGACAAAUAUAAUAUUAUGACUGACAUUGGCAUAUAUUUACAAUGAUUCUGGAUAAACAUGUUUGGUGAUAUAACCAGCUAUAAAACACAAGAUGAGACAUAUUAUGCUAUAGAAUUAUCAAACUUUACAAUUAUACAAGUAGCUAGUUUUGCCUUUACAUGUUGUGGAGAUCCUUGAUGAUCUGAAUGUGUAUGAUUGAUUGUAUUCGUAUUUUUCGGACAUGUAACUGUUUCUUUAUUUCAAUGCUUAGUUAUUUCAAUGCAUAAAUUCGUUAAUAUUGUGCUAAAGCGUUAUUGCACUAGAAGAACAAACUCUUAUGUUUUCUUAGCACCAUAUAACUUGAUUUAAAUCCAUGUAUUCAACUUGAAAUGUUAGAAAUUGUUGUCAACACAUUUAAAUAGUUUUACAUGGACGCCAUGUUGUUCGCAAUGCAUUGUGGUUGUUUGUUACCAAGCAUAUAUCGACAAUGCUUCGGAGAAAAGUCAAUAUUUUUAACCAAUCUCAGGUACACAACACUAUAAACCAGUCGUUUAAACUUUGCCGAGAUAGUCAUAAAAUAUUACAUAUGAAUUACAGAAAAGUGUGAUAGUAUUAAAAAGACUGUUUUGCUUUUAUUUCUAUUCACAAAAUUCUUUAACACGAUCUUAAAACAACAAUGCAUGUGAUUGAUGUACUAGUUGAUUGUUUGUGUUUUCACAUUAAUUUACACAUGAAUAUAUCAUUUCAAUGUAUGUAAGAUACAAUGUUAACAGUAUGUGUGCAUUUGAAUUCAAAUUGUUUAUAUUAUUAUUAUUCUUUGAUUGGUAUCAGGUUUUCGGUAUGCUUUAACGUGUAUAUUAUUAUAUUUUGCGGCCUGCAGUUUACAAAAUUUGUAUUUGUGUUGCUGAUUCAAAAACUGUUAGCAGGCUGGAAGCAUCUGUUAAUACGAAUGUUUUUUUUUUCACAUGGACAUUGACGUGGAUAAUAGUCUAUGGAUAAUAGUCUAAGUUUGACUUUGUUUAGAGAAUUGAAACAGGGCCAAGAGUUAUCUGUGUAUCUCAGGAAAAUAAAUAAUUUUAGAAAGAUAGACAGAUAAUAUCCAAAAAUAAUUGUGGCGGCAUUGCCGAGUGGCUAACGAAUCGGACUAGUAAUCUAAUGAUCGCUAGACGCAUGGGUUCAAACCCCAUCAGGGGCAAGUUUUCGUUUCCUUGAGCAAGAAACUAUACACUCAUUGCUCUCCAGGAACGGAUUCGAACGUGUGUCAAUAAGAUUAUAGCUUCCUACACAAUCAAACUAAAAUAAAUUUUGUAUAAACCAAUUUCAAAAAUAAGAAUGUCGUCGCAUUGUCUGAAUAUGGAAUAUGUAAGACACAGGAAUAUUGAGAGGCAUUAUAGACUAUGUGAACUGUGUGAUGGCUUACAAUUGAAGAUGAAUUUUAUUUGUGCUUGAAUGUAGUAUGUUUAAUGAUAAACGUAUGAAAUAUAUUCCAAGAUAUUAUUGACAGAGACCUAGUAUGAUGAAAUUUGUUAAUCUUAUGAAAAAGAGAACAGACGUUUACUUCAUAAUAUUGCAUUAUAUAUAUUUGUUAGUCGUUCAACAAAAGAUAAAAUUUACAAUGCAACACUCGUAAAUAUGAUAACAUGUAUAUUUAGCCUGGGGUUCUAUGAUAUCACGGUACUUAACGUUUAUGGAAAAAUAUUUAAAUAUAAUAAUCAGACAUGAAUGAAUUUUUCUUCUAUUUAAUAAGUGAUCGUUUCCCACAAAUGUUUGUCAAUACUUCCUUUCAAAAGAUCCAAUUAAAAUGUUAUUUUUAAACUAUUUACAUAGUCUACCAUUUUAGGUGAUUUAAGAGGAGGUUACUAUGGUAACCUGGUAAUCCCCAAAAAUGCAAGAAAUCAAGGAUAGAUGUAUCAAAAUUUUCAAAUUCAGAAGUGAAAAACUUCCAACAGUGCACUUGCUAUAGACAAUAUGUCAUUAUAUUGGUUUAAAACACAAUUUAAUUGACUGAGUAAAUUUUUUUAAGGGAAAUAGAAGUCCAAUUUGAUGAUUUUUUAAAAAUAGCUGUCUUACUACGAAUUUAUUAAUAAUUCACAAAAUUAAAUUUAUUGACAGAUGCUAUUCAAUUUAGUGUGACAGUUCAAAAAUAAAAACAUCAUUAUUUGCUUUUACUAGCAGCCGCAGAAAAUCUAAAUACCGUGGUAUCAUAGAAGCCGUGAUAUCAUAGGAACCCUGAAUAUAUAUAAGAAUAUUAUUGCCAUGUAGUGUAUGAACGUAUAUAUUGUUUGUAUAUGUUAUACUUAUAUUAGAUAUAUUGUAAAUAUAUACAUAUUGCCAGCGUCUCGGUGAUAGGGAUUUGAGUAUUUUGAAGAUUAUACAUGUGUUUGUGCCUUUUCACUAUUUUGUGCAGUCUGCUUGAUUAUUAUAACUUCCAACAACAAAACAUAUGUCUAUAUGCUGUACCAUACAACUUAAUGAACCUUCUGUUCUGUUCUUUAAGUAUUUGGUCCUGUUAACGUAUUGGUAAUUGUUAUUAAAUCUGACGGAGUGUAAGGUCUAUUGGGUAUGAUGUAGAAAAUUCUACCAAGGCUAGCUUCUAUAAACUUUUCUAAAUGCAGAUUUGUGAGAGAAUCAUUCUUUCUUGCCAAGGUCAACAAAUCUGUAUUCAUUGAUACGAUUUCGUUCUUAUAGCCACCAUCUUCCAAUAGAAACCGGAAACUCGGCAAGAAUUCAAUUAAAUGAUAGACUAUGUACGUAAUGUAAUAAAUUAGGCGACGAAUUUCAUUUCUUAUUAGAAUACAAACUCUAUGAAAAUGAGCGCAAGCGCUUCUUAAAACGUUAUUAAUAUAGAAGACCAAAUAUAAUCAAAACAUCUGAAUUAAUGAAUACUAAUACUAAACAAGAACUAUUAAAAGUAAAUUUGUUAAGUGUAUACUAAGUAGAAUUUAAGUCAUUGACCAAUAUGUAUUUAUUGAAAUAGGACUUUCUUUUUUCCGAAUAUCAUAAGUGUUGCAAAAGUAUCUGUUUCGUUUUGGAGACCUAGUAGGACAUAUUCAUAGUAUCCUGCAUUUUAAUUAGACCACAGGUUUUUUAUUUUUCAAAAGGAAAGGUCAGAAGACGCUGGUUAGGUCUAAAAGCACUAAUCAACUCUGCUUCCGUAUCUUAAAAUCUAAUGCCAUUUUUCACUUUAUAAAAUGUGUCAUUUCUAGCACAGUAUACAAAAAUUAUUUUUCUUUUUUGGCCUAUGAUACCGCCAUUCGCAAAUUAAAUUAUAUAAGAUCGUGGGAACUGUGUAUAGGGCUCCUCAUGAAGUCGGGGGUACUCCUGACUCCCGAUCCCCACUGGGAAGUCGAGGGUCAGCAGUGCACCUGGCACGACCUGUGGCGCUUGUUAUCGCAGGAAGAUCUUAUUGGAGCUUCCAUGCCCCACGCUGUGCUCUGGUUGAGUUCAGGUCCACGAUAGAGUAGGCGGAAACCACCAGUUCCCGCCGAUCUGAAAACGUUUUACUAAAAUACAUUGUAAAUUUUAUUCAAUUAUAGCUAUAGCUAAGAUUUAACUAAAGGGAAGUAAAUGCAAUAACAUCUGCUAUGUAAAUCUAUAUUGUUAUCUCCCUUAAUCUGCCAUAUUGAGAGUAUUCAAGUAGUCAUGGUAUUUCUAUUUCUAUUCUAUAUACCCUAUCUUUUUUGUUAUUGUUAAACAUUAAACUUCUCAAUUUAUACCUUGAAAAUUAUUCGCAUGUUAAGUGAAAUACUAGUACAUGAAGCAUAUUUAUUUUGUUUAAUAUUUUUUUCGCAUCAUGAUAUUGUGAUAUGAGUAUGUUAAAAAUGUUGAUUGUUGAUAUGACUAUUGAGCAGUAAUCGUCUAUUUAAAACAACACAUGCAUUUUUUUCCAUUUCCCCUUUACUACUAUUUUACUUUAUUUUUUUUCUCUUUAACACAAAACAUACCAAUUCAAUUACAUUUUUCACUAACGUUUAGGUCUUUCCGGUGACAACAUUUUGUUACUAUCGAAUCUCA